UUCCAUUUUCAGCUUGGGCAGAACUCCAAAUGCAGAGUUACCAUGAGUGCCAUAAAUGCCAAUUUUUCUCAAAAUAUUUCCAUUGUGCGUCCUGAAUACUUUUUCAUCACUGGACUUUCAGGUAUACCAUAUAGCAGUUGUUACUAUAUGUUUUUAUUUUUCACUUAUUUUAUUGCUGUAAUUGCGAACUCUGUAGUUCUUUUCAUCAUUGCUCUUGACCGGAAUCUGCACAGUCCAAAGUACAUUGGUGUGUUUAACUUGGCCUUGGCUGAUAUUGGUGAAACUAAUGCACUGAUUCCUAACAUGAUGAAGACUUUUCUUUUUGAGUCACAGUACAUCUCCUACAAUUCUUGUUUGGCAAACAUGUAUUUUGUGUUCCUCUUUAAUACUAUGCAAUGUUUUACUCUUGUUGUCCUGGCAUAUGAUCGCUUCAUGGCAAUUUGCUUGCCACUAAGAUACCAUGCAGUUGUUACUAAUACCAGUAUGUCUUUAAUUUUUUUAGCAAUUUGGACAUUAAAUGCUUUUUUGAUAGCCUUGACAGUGUCUUUGCUCACCCGACUUUCAUUCUGUAAAUCCAAUGUGAUACAGAGUUAUUUUUGUGACCAUGGACCAGUAUAUAGGUUGGCAUGUAAUGACAACAGCAUGAGUUCACAUAUGGCAAAACUCAGCACAGCUUUAUACCUUGUGACACCAUUGAUCAUUAUUGUCCUGUCAUAUCUUGGCAUUUUUCUCGCCUUAAGCAGAAUUACAACUUGGGUAGGGCGUUUGAAGGCUCUGAAGACCUGUGUUUCUCACCUGUUGUUAGUAGGAAUAUUUUUUCUUCCAAUUAUCUGCACAUACAUUGCUGCACUCAUGCUUUCUCUUUCUCCUAAUGCAAGAGUCAUUAGCACAUCUCUGGCAUAUGUUGUUCCACCAAUGCUAAAUCCUAUCAUUUAUGUUUUGAACACAGCUGAAAUCAAAGACUUAAUUCAAAAAUUCCUUAAAAACAAAUCUGCACCAAUCAGAGAGAGUAUUUCAAAAUGA